AUGGGAGACAACUCACCAGUGGCCACAUUCAGCUGGUAUAUAGAUGACACUUCGCCAGAGAAGGCUGAGCACCUCCCGGAUGUGUGCAGACUCUCAGGCUUUCGGCCAAGCUCUCUAACCCUCCUUCAGAGCAACACAUCCACGCUGCUGCUGAACAGCUCCCUCCUGCAGACCUGGGGAGAGGUCAUCCGAAUCAGAGCCACAGCACUGACCGAGCACGCCUAUGGGGAGGACACCUACGUGAUCAGCACUCUGCCUCCCCCCGAGGUGCCCGCCUGUGCCAUUGCCCCAGAGGAGGGCACUGUUCUGACGAGCUUUGCCAUCUUCUGCAACACCUCCAUGGCCCCAGGACCCGUGGAACACUGCUUCUGUCUGGAAUCAGGCUUCUGCCUACACUGUGGUCCUGAACCUGCCCUCCCAUCAGUUUAUCUGCCCCUUGGAAAAGAAGACAAUGACUUUGAGCUUACCAUGGUCGUUACUGUCACCAAUCACGCAGGGAACAGACAGCAGACCCGUGUGGUGAUUAAGGUGGGACCCGGAGACACGCAUGUUGAGGAUGUGGCAUUCCAAGCUGCUGUGUCGGAGAAACUCACUGUUGCUUCUCAAGGCGCGCAUGGCCCUGAACAUCUCCUCCAGCUGGCCAAGUCCCUGUCCUCUCUGCUGAACCAGGAGUGCCAGGGCCAGAACUCCAGGCAGCCACCGAGCAUGGACACCAGACGCAAGGUCAGAGAGCGUUUGCUGGGGUUGCUGUCCGCAGUCACCACCAGCCUGGAGGAUGUGCAGAGGGUUUGGGGGCUGGCCGAGGUGCUGAGAGAGGUGACCCACCGCAGUGAGGAGCUCACAGGCUUGGCCCAGCGGGAGGCCAGCCAGACUCUGGAGCUUGCCAGUGAGGCCCUAUUGACAGUGAGUGCCAAGGCCCAUCCUGAGGACCAGAGGUUCCAGGCAGCCACCAGGGACCUGUUUCAGGCUGUGGGCAGUGUGCUGGAAGCUUCCUUGAGCAAAAGACCAGAAGAGCCUGCAGAGGCCAAUGGCAGCCAGACUGCCACUGUGCCACAGCUGCUCCGAGUUGCGGAGCGUGUGCAGACCGCCCUCCUGCUGGGGACACUGCCUGGGGGCCUUCCGGCCACACUGGCCACCCCCUCCAUCUCUGUGUACACACACAGAAUACGAGGACGGAGUUGGCGCGGCUCCUCCGUGCACAUGCCUGCUGCUAAUGCUGCUGCCUUCACUCUGCCUACCGCCUCCUCCCUUGGCUCUGGGGAGGACAGCCAGGAGCCUGUGGACAUAAGGAUGAUGAGCUUCCCAAAGAGCCCCUUCCCACCCCGAGGUCACUUUGAUGUCAGCGGAACUGUUGGUGGCCUCCGUCUAACCAGCCCUAGUGGACAGCUCAUUCCUAUGAAGAAUCUAUCGGAGAACAUUGAGAUCCUGCUGCCCCGCCUUCCUGAAGGACACAGCAAGCCGACCGUGUUGAGUCUGACCAGUCCUGAAGCUUUGUGGGUGAACCUGACUUCUGGGGAGGCGGCUCUGGGGAUCCAGCUUCACUGGAGACCUGGCAUCCCACUCACGCUCAGUCUGGGCUAUGGCUACCACCCCAACGAGACCAGCCACGAUGCCCAGACUCACCUUCCGCUAACAGCUGCUCCAGAUGAGCUGUUCACGUGGAUCCUGAGCCCAGAGGACUUGCAUUUUGGAGAAGGUAUCUACUAUUUGACUGUGGUCCCCGAGUCUGACCUGGAGCCAGCCCCUGACAGGAAUCUCACAGUCGGCAUCACCACUUUCCUGUCCCAUUGUGUGUUCUGGGAUGAGGCCCAGGAGACUUGGGACAACUCUGGGUGCCAGGUGGGGCCACGGACGACCCCCUCCCAGGCACACUGCCUCUGCAGCCACCUUACCUUUUUUGGAAGCACGUUCCUGGUCAUGCCCAAUGCCAUUGACAUCCGCCAGACUGCCGAGCUCUUUGCCACCUUUGAGGACAACCCUGUGAUUGUGACCACCGUGGGCUGCCUCUGUGUGGCCUACAUGCUGGUGGUGAUCUGGGCGAGGAGGAAGGAUGCUCAGGAUCAGGCCAAGGUGAAGGUCACAGUGCUGGAGGACAAUGAUCCCUUUGCCCGGUACCAGUACCUGGUGACAGUCUACACCGGACACCGGCGAGGGGCAGCCACGUCCUCAAAGGUGACUGUCACCCUGUAUGGCCUGGAUGGAGAGAGUGAGCCCCACCACCUGUCAGAUCCCAACACCCCAGUUUUUGAGCGAGGAGGAGUGGAUGUCUUCCUGCUCUCUACCCUGUUUCCCCUGGGGGAACUGCGGAGCCUCAGGCUGUGGCAUGACAACUCAGGGGACCGGCCAUCCUGGUAUGUGAGCCGGGUGCUGGUCUAUGACCUGGCAAUGGACAAGAAAUGGUAUUUCCUCUGCAACUCGUGGCUGUCCAUCGACGUCGGAGACUGCGUCCUUGACAAGGUGUUUCCAGUGGCCACAGAACAGGACAGGAAGCAGUUCAGCCACCUGUUUUUCAUGAAGACCUCCACAGGCUUCCAGGAUGGACACAUCUGGUAUUCCAUCUUCAGUGGCUCUGCUCGGAGCAACUUCACCCGCGUCCAGAGGGUGUCCUGCUGUUUCUCCUUGCUCCUUUGCACCAUGCUGACCAGCAUCAUGUUCUGGGGUGUCCCGAAGGACCCAGCUGAGCAAAAGAUGGACUUGGGUAAAAUUGAAUUCACUUGGCAGGAAGUGAUGAUUGGGCUGGAGAGCUCUGUCCUCAUGUUCCCCAUCAACCUCCUGAUUGUUCAGAUCUUUCGAAAUGCCCGUCCUCAGAUCCCUAAGGAGCAGAACCGUGGGAAAGGGGACCGGGGAUCUCCCAACCUGACUCCAUCACCACAGCCCACGGAGAAUGGCCUUCUGACACCCGAAGCAGUGACGAAGGAUAUGUGCAGACUCGUCAGCUCACUGUUUAAAGCUCUGAAGAUUCCAUCCCCUGCCUUGGGCUGGGACUCUGUGAACUUGAUGGACAUCAACGAUCUCCUGGCCUUGGUGGAAGACAUCAUUCGUCCACAGAACAUGGCAGGGCAGGUGUUCUGGGAGGAAGUCAGAGAAAGAGAGGACCCUUUAACACUCACUCGUGGGUCUACACAACUGAAAGAGAAAAUGUGGUGCCCCAAGCCUUACGUGGGGCCGAAUGGCCCUUGGAAGGACAAUGCCUUCAGGCAGUGUCUCUACUUUCAGCUGGAGCAGGUGGAACAGGAGUUGCGGCUGGUGGGAGCCCAGGGCUUCCCCCAGCACCACAGCUACGCCCGGGCCCUCAGGCAGCUGCAGACCCUGAAGGGCUGCCUGGGGGGACCAUCGUGUACCCCAGCCCUGGAACAUACCAGAGCCUCUCAGAUGAGCAGGCCCCCUCGUGGCCUGCCCUGGUGGUGUGUCCUGGUGGGCUGGCUCCUGGUGGCGGCCACCAGCGGUGUGGCGGGCUUCUUCACCAUGCUGUACGGUCUGCACUACGGGCGGGCCAGCUCCCUCAGGUGGCUCAUCUCCAUGGCCGUGUCCUUCCUGGAGAGUGUGUUUGUCACCCAGCCUCUGAAGGUGCUCGGCUUCGCUGCUUUCUUUGCGCUGGUCUUGAAGAAGGAGGAGGAUGAGGAGGAGACUGCAGCCCCCCUGCUGGGGCAUCUAUCUGGUCCAGACCCCCAGGCCUUGUUCCGAGCACGGAGAAACAGCAGCAAGGAUGUCUACCGGCCUCCGCUCGUCGCUGCCCUGGAGAAGAUGAGAACCGCUAACCUCAAGGAACAGAAAGCAUUUGCCCUAAUCAGAGAAAUCUUAGCCUACCUGGGCUUCCUGUGGAUGCUGCUGCUGGUAGCCUACGGGCAGAGGGACCCCUGCGCCUACCACUUCAAUAGGCACCUCGAGCACAGCUUCACCCGAGGCUUUUCAGCCGUGCUGAGCUUCCAAGAGUUCUUCGAGUGGGCAAACACCACCCUCGUGAACAACCUGUACGGUCAUUACCCAGGCUUUAUCACUGAUGGGAACUCCAAACUGGUUGGCAGUGCCCAGAUUCGCCAAGUGAGGGUCCGGGAAAGCUCUUGCCCUCUUGCCCAGCAGCUGCAGUCUUCCUUAAAUGGAUGCCGUGCACCAUAUUCCUGGGAUGUAGAAGACCUGGCGGACUAUGGGGAAGGCUGGAAUGCCUCCACCCUCAAUAACAGCAGUGGCUUUCCCCAGGCUUGGCAGUACCAGAGCCAGAGCCAACGUCGAGGGUAUCCCAUCUGGGGCAAACUCACUGUGUACCGGGGAGGAGGCUAUGUGGUCCCCUUGGGGACUGAUUGCCAAAGCACAUCAAGGAUUCUCCAGUACCUCUUUGACAACACCUGGCUGGACACCCUGACCAGAGCCGUGUUUGUGGAGUUCACUGUCUACAAUGCCAACGUCAACCUAUUCUGCAUUGUCACGCUGACGCUAGAGACCAGCGCCCUGGGAACCUUCUUGGCUCAUGCGGCCCACCAGAGCCUCCGCCUGUACCCCUUCACUGACGGCUGGCAUCCCUUCGUGGUGGCAGCGGAGCUGCUUUAUUUCCUCUUCCUCCUCUACUACAUGAUGGUGCAGGGUAAGCUCAUGAGGAAGCAGAAAUGGGGCUAUUUCUGCAGUAUGUGGAACCUUCUGGAGCUGGCCAUCAUCCUCGCCAGCUGGAGCGCCCUGGCGGUGUUUGUGAAGAGAGCCAUCCUGGCAGAGCGUGACAUCCAGCACUACCGGAACCACAAGGAGGAGGGAAUCAGCUUCAGUGAGACAGCAGCAGCCGAUGCCGCCCUUGGCUACGUCAUUGCCAUCUUGGUUCUUCUGUCCACAGUGAAGCUCUGGCAUCUGCUCAGGUUGAAUCCCAAAAUGAACAUGAUCACAUCAGCGCUACGCCGUGCCUGGGGUGACAUCUCAGGCUUUGUCAUUGUCAUCAUUAUCAUGCUCCUGGCUUACUCCAUGGUGUCAAACUUAAUAUUUGGUUGGAAACUCCUUUCCUACAAAACUCUCUUUGAUGCUGCCGAAACUAUGAUCAGCCUUCAGCUUGGAAUCUUCAACUAUGAGGAGGUCCUGGACCAUAGCCCAGUUCUCGGUUCCUUCCUGAUUGGGUCCUGCAUCGUUUUUAUGACUUUUGUGAUACUGAAUCUGUUUAUCUCUGUUAUCCUGGUAGCCUUCAGCGAGGAGCAAAAAUACUAUCAGCUGUCAGAGGAAGAUGAGAUCGUUGAUUUGCUGCUGAUGAAAAUACUCAGUUUCCUGGGAAUUAAAUGUACAAGAGAGAAGCCUCAAAGCAGCAGUGAGCAGCCCACGUCACUGUCUGUAGCUUGGUCCCCUCAACCCACACAAGCUUUGCCCAAGGUUUAAGCUGUUCAUUCACACACACGAUCAUCUACAAGUGGGCGAAGGCCAGGCCUCAGCCCUAUGCUUACCAGUAAUUUCAUAGCCUCUCUGGGUCAUUCAUUGUUUUUUGUGUCCAUAGAAAAGUUACCAAGCCCAGCAAGUGAAAAAAUAAGAAUAAUACAUACAUAUCAUAACAUUGCCACAACUGUGAUAGCCUGUUUGCUCAAAUGUGCUUCCUUUUAGAAAUAAAACAAAUAUUGUAUAAAGUUGGAAAAAAAAAA